AUGGCGCCCAGGACGCCUGGGAUCGCAUGUGUGUGUGCGUGCUUGUGUUGGAGCGGCGGCCCGUUUACUGUCCGGUGCCGGGACCGCGACCGGUCUGCCUGCCUGCCUGCCGUGCCGCCCGGUCCGUCUGCGGCGGGUGCAGCGUCGGCUCCCGCGGGCCGGCGGGCGGGCGGGUACGUGUGGAGCCUCGGCGGCCGUGUCUGCCCCGUCCGGCAUGCCUGCCCCGUGCGACAAACCGCACAGCAAAGUGACAGGGAACGUCAAACACACCGGGGCCGUUCCUGUCUCCAGUCACGGCGCUCGGCAGGCAGGCGGGCGGGCAGGCGGGCGGGCGGGCGGGCAGGGGCUGGCGGGUCGCUGUGCAGCCCGCGGGUACGGAGCGAGCGGGCGACCGAGCCCAGCACGGGGCAGGAGCAGAGAAACCAGCUCUCACGGAGGCGCCCCGGGCCCUCGCCGCUGCAGCCGGUUCCCGUCCCGCGUCCCGGUUCAGGGCCGCUGAGCUGUCAGACUCGUAGGGUUCCCGUGCACUUCAGUGCGCCUGCCCGGCCGGUCCCUCUGGGGACAUCUAGUGGCCAAGAGGCGGAACUGCACCUGCCGCGCCGGCACCUCCAGGCUCGCCCGCCCGCCCGCCCGCCGCCCGCCGCCCGCCGCCCGCCGCCCACAGCCGCCGCAGCUUCUGUCCCCCGGGCGAGCGGGCGAGCUCCCAAUAGACCCGCGUGUGCGUGUGCGAGCGGCGGCCCGCUUACUCACGGGUGCCGGGACCGCGACCCGGUCUGCCCGUCAGUCUGUCUGCCGUGCCGCCCGGUCCGCCCGUGUCGCGGGCGGCGUCUGCUCCCGUGCGGCGAUGCCGUGGCUGCGGCGGCGGCCGUGCCUGCCCCGGCCGGCGUGCCGCCCGCGAGCGAGGAGCCGCACGGCAAAGUGACACGCGUGGGCCGUCCCCGCCUCCCGUCCCGUGUCCGUCCCGGGUCAGGGCCUCCGAGCUGUCAGAUCCGUAGGGUCCCCGGCGACUCCAGCGCGCCUGCGCGGCCGGUCCCUCUGGCGGCAUCUAGCGGCCAGAAGGCGGAACCGCACCCGAUGCCGCCCCGGCCGGCCGUGGGACGUGCCGAUUGGCCGGCCGGGGAGGCUAUGGUAAUCUCUCCGGGGCCCUGCGGCCUCAUGGGAAAGUCACCCUCACGGAAAAGACGGUCGGUGGAAGAGGCCCGGGCCGGCCAGGAGCGCCAGCUGCGGCGGCUGCAGCGGGCUCCGCAUCCCGAGCCGGAGCCCGCCCGGGGCCCCACCGAGCCCGGCUCCCGCCGAGCCUCAGGCCCUCCGGAGCAGAGGGGCCCUCUCUGCCCGGGAGGCCCAGGGCGAGGCAGAGCCGGCGACGGCGGCGGCCCCGGGGGAGACAGCAGCCGCCAGGGCAGCAGGAGCCGCAUCCCGAAGCGGCGCCUGCGAGGCCGCCCCGGCCGCCUCCCGCCCCAAAUCCCGGGCCUCACGGGCAGAGAGGGCCCCUCUGCACCGGAGGCCAAGGGGGGCGAGCGGGAAGGCCGGCGGCGGCCCCGGGGAGAGAGAGACCCCGCAGGAGCCGGCUACUCCCGAGCCGAGGCCUCCGCGGAGCCCCUGGCCGUCACCCCUCCCGGGCUUCCCGGGCAGAGAGGGCCCCUCUGCUCCGGGGAGCCUGGGGAGGGAGUGAUGGGGCGGCGCUUCCCGGGGAAGGCCCGGCCCCCUGACCCCUCUGACGUCACAUCCGGGCGACCCCUGACCCCGAGACGUCACGUCCGGGACGGCCCCCGAAACGUCACGUCCGGAGCGGGGUCGGUGACCUCUGACCCCCGACCCCGAGACGUCACUUCCUCUCUCCCAGGGCUCCGUGCGUGCGGCGGCGCGGCGGCGUCGUCACUUCCUGUUUCCUCCGGUUCCGCUCCGCUCCGUGGCCAAAAGGCGGAACUGCAGCCGCCGGCCAACAGCGCGUCCGUCCCUGUACAGCGUCCCCCGACCGCCCCGCCGGAAACGGCCGGAGCGGGGAACUUUGGUUCCGCCCUCACGGGGGUGCCGCCGACUCUCGGACACAAGGAACAGAACCGACAUAAAACCUUCAGGGCGGCGAGCCGGGGACCGGCUCCGCGUUUCUCACGCUCCGGUUCCCACGGGCAGCUCCCGGCUCUCACCGCUCUCCGGCGCCACCCGGCGGCCGGUUCGCGAAACCGCGCCCGCCACCGGGAACUCCCGGGCGACCGGGCCCGUUACCGGGACCCGCCGGGCGCCGGGCGCCGGGCUCGCCCGUGCCCGCCCGCCGCGUGGAGACGCCCGCGCGUUUCUCGGUUCCCACACCCUCCCAGCGGCAGGGAGACGGGGUCCCUCCGGGCGGCGGCUGGGGUGGAAACCACCGCCGCCGCCGCCGCCGCCGCCGUCGCCAUGUUGGAUGCCCGGUCUCCGUCCCGCUGGGACGUUCGGUCGCUUAACGGCCCGAGAAUCGCUCCCGCUCGCUCAGAAUCACCGCCGUCCCGCCCGCCCGCCUCCCCGCGGUCCCCUGCCUCGGCGGCGGCGGCGUGGACCGCGUGGAGCGAGGCCGCCGCGGGCUCCGCCGCCGCCGCCGCCGCCGCCGCCAUGUUGGAUGCCCGGUCUCCGUCCCGCUGGGACGUUCGGUCGCUUAGCGGCCCGACAAUCGCUCCCGCUCGCUCAGAAUCACCACCGUCCCGCCCGCCCGCCUCCCCGCGGUCCCCUGCCUCGGCGGCGGCGGCGGCGUGGACCGCGUGGAGCGAGGCCGCCGCGGGCCCCACCACCGCCGCCGCCGCCGGUGCCAUCUUGGCCGGCCGGUCCCUGCUUUCACAGACCGUUUCUGUCGUUUCCUUGUACCUCGAAUCCCUCCGGGAUCACGGCGAUACGAUCCGCCGGCCUCCCUGCGGCCCCCGGCCUCGGCGGCGGCGAGGGCCGCUGGGAUUAGAACCGGCAAAGCCGCGGCGGCGGCGGCGGCGGACGGCGGCGGCGGCGAUGAUGGCCUCGGAGCCUCGCCCGGCAGGUCCUCGUCUCCAGCCACACGUGUCGGUCGCCUCACGUCCCGGGAGUCGCUCCGGCCCCCUCGGGGUCACGGCGAUACGAUCCGCCGGCCUCCACGCGGCCCCCGCCGAGGCGGCGGCGAGGGCCGACGGGAUUAGAACCGGCCAGGCCUCGGCGUGCGUCCCCGGCUCCCGUCCCGGUCGCCAUGUUGCCCGCCACGCCGUUUCCAGUUUCGUUAAUUUUUAA